UGACGGUAGCGUUUUAAUUUGUCUAAAUAUAACCCUUAAAUGAAAACACUCCUCGUAUAUUGUAAUUACAGUCCAUAUUCAGGUGGGAAUAGCUUGGAUUUAAUGUAACAGCCGUUUUCGGAAUAAUUAUCAACAGCAGCGACACAAAAAAACAAUAAUGAGAUGAUUCGUGACUGUGCUGCUCCUGAAAAUUCAAUUAGCAAAACAGAGUCGGUGCGGAAAAGCGCCGGUUCGUAUUUAUCAUCCACACCGUCCGUCCACAGCUAACGGGAACACGCGAGCACCAUUUCCGGGCUCGUGACAGCGGCUAUAGUGGAGCGAGACGUCGGCGUGAGGGUCGCGGGGAGCGGAGCGGUGUCGGUGAGCAUUCCGGGGCUGGCGGAGGACGGCAUGGCUACGGGGAAAGGAGCAGGGAAGCCCGCCUCGUUGUGGGACAAUAUGCGGAUACGGUUCAUCGUCUGCUUCAUCGGAGUCUUUGUCUGUUACUUUUACUACGGAAUCCUGCAGGAAACCAUCACUCGUGGUGAAUAUGGCCAAGGAGAGAAGUUCAGAUUUGCCCGGACAUUAGUUUUCAUCCAAUGUAUCAUCAAUGCGGUCUUUGCUAAAAUAUUGAUCCAGUUCUUUGAAGGCUCUAAACCGGAUCACACUAAGAACUGGCUGUAUGGUCUGUGUUCGCUGUCUUAUCUGGGAGCCAUGGUGUCCAGUAACUCUGCCCUCCAGUACGUCAACUACCCCACACAGGUGUUGGGGAAAUCCUGCAAACCUAUACCAGUGAUGAUCCUCGGUGUGACCAUUCUGAGGAAGAAGUACCCUCUGGCCAAGUACCUGUGUGUUCUACUGAUCGUCACCGGCGUGGCUUUGUUCCUCUACAAACCCAACAAGAGCUCCGCCGUCGCAGACGACCACGUUUUUGGCUUCGGAGAGAUCCUUCUGCUGGUCUCUCUGACCCUGGACGGUCUGACCGGCGUGGCCCAGGACCACAUGAGGGCCCGCUUCCAGACCGGCGCCAACCACAUGAUGCUGAACAUCAACAUGUGGUCCACGCUGGUGCUGGGCCUCGCCGUGCUGUGGACCGGCGAGAUCUGGGAGUUCCUGAGUUUCUAUGAACGCCACCCGAGCAUCAUCUACAACAUCCUCCUGUUUGGACUGACCAGUGCUUUAGGCCAGACCUUCAUCUUCAUGACGGUGGUCUACUUCGGACCUCUGACCUGCUCCAUCGUCACCACCACCAGGAAGUUCUUCACCAUCCUCGGCUCCGUUAUUCUGUUCGGAAACGUCAUGAGUUCCAUGCAGUGGGUCGGCACCGUCCUGGUCUUUUUAGGUUUGGGACUGGAUGCUAAAUUUGGAAAAUCCCCCAAGAAGACGACACACUAAAACAUCUGGAGCACACGAGAGAACCCCCAAGACAAGGCAGACGAAACAGAAAACACUAUAGCCAGUAUCUUUUGUUGGUGGAGACAUGUUGUACAGGCACUUAUGGUUUAUUCAAGUAGCGUCAGAUUUUUAACUGUAUUUAAACGUAGGCGUCCUCAUUGAAACUGAAAGGACACUUCGUACCUGGGAUCAAGUCCUAAAUGAACGUCCAUGAGCCACUUGCAUCUUCUUUGGCCACAGGAUAAUAUACCAUGCUUUUACGGAAGCGGAAGAUACUGUUAUAUGAUAUUGUGUUUAUAUUUUUUGUGAUGCCAGCUCUCCUCCUGAGGACGGACACUGAACCACACAUGGCCUAAGAAUGAUAUUUCCAGCAUUUUCCUCAUGAACUUGCCUUCACAAGAGGCCUGGUUUACAAAAUGUUUGAAUGUGGUUUAUUUUUGUCAAACAUUCAAUCACGUUUCAUGUCAUUCAUAAAAUAUAAACGGUUAUACGUAGCCUUUUCUGUUCAACCCUA